CUCCCACGUUUGCAUCGACGGGCAGAACACCUAAUCAAGUUUCUACAAAUCCACAAUUCUAUAACUAUGGUUGAAGCGUGUAAGAUAAGUACUGCCAAAGAGAGAGAGGGGAGUCCAUUGAAAAUGGAAUUCUUUGAGAGAUAGGUCGACCCUUUGGGAGAUAUCUAAAAUUUUCGACCCCUUGGGGAUUUCCAUCUUUGUCUUCAUCUUCUGCAAUCAUUAUCCCUCUUACUAACCUCGCUUCUUUCUUUUUUUGUGUCAUAUCUCGUUUGUUUCUUCCAUCCUGGCUUCAAUUUGGUUUUUGGGCGUUUUCAUCGUUCGAUUUUCUUCUGAAAUUUCCAAAAGCCGCAGUCUUUUGAGGCGAACAAAAGGGGCUUUUCAAUUCGAUUGCCUUUGAUCAUUUUCUUAGAUUUUACGAACCAAGAUUAUAUUUUUUAAAAAAUUUAGGCAUUCUUGUUUAAGACUCGUUCAACACUUGAAAUUGAAAUCUUGUUGAUUUUUAUGUGCGUGUGUGAGUGUUUGUUUAUGAAUUAGCUUGUUUAUGACUGUUUAUUAAUCUAUCUGGAAGAGCUCAGAUUGUAUUUGAGCAUUCUUUAAAAAUUCGACUAGUAUUUUGUGUAAUGUUGAUUAGGGGCCAUUAAUUAUUUAAUCAUCAUUUGAUGCUUCUUUUAGCAUUUAAUAUCCAAAGUUUUUUGUUUUGGAUUGAUUGGGAAAAUGAUGUGUACUGAAUAUUUGUUAUUUGUUUGAAAUUGCUAUUUAAUUGAGCCAGGAUUCUUUCUAUCAUCAAUUCAUUGAUUCUUGCUAUCUCCAAGUGCUUGUCUGAGAGAAGAGAGACAUAGAGAGAGAAAAGAAAUGGCUAUUUCUUUCACUAGAUUCCCAUGGUUGUGGUUGGGUGGGGAAGAUAAAGAGCAAGUCUCAAAUGGAUCAAUGAUAAAUUCAAUAAAUUCUGUUGGGGAGUGGGGCUUGGGGCUGAGAGGAGAAGCUGAGAAUUUGAAGUUAUAUUCGACGAAGAAGGGUGAUGGAGGGAUGAGGAAUAGAAAAUUGAAGAGGAAAUGGAAGAGUAGGGAAGAGAGGAGCAGAAGGAUUGAUAAAGAGUAUGAUAUGGUGGUGGUGCCAUCAGAUGGGGUUGGUUUAUCAUUAUCCGAAUCGGAUGACUCGGAUUGGUCUAUCGGGUGGAUGGAGCCUCACGCCCCCGAUUUCCUCCAGAGUGAUGACGAGGGAGACGACAGCUUUGCUGUGCUGGUCCCUUGCUAUAGGCAUGAUUGCCAGAGAUUGGAAGCAAAGGAGGCUGAUCUCAGUAUCCAGUUCUUGGAUGGUUACUCUGCUGGCGGUAGGGAGUACAUGGAACAGUGGCUUUCCUCUCUCCAAAAAUCUUGAGCUGCUGCUAAUCACUUCCAAAAUUUGCCAUCAUUUAAUACAACUAUUGGUUUCUACAUUCUGUAAUUUCCUAAAAAAGUAAGGUGCUACUGGAAAUCUAUGUGUUGGGGCAGAAACAAUGCAUUGUGUUAGGCUCUUCUGUUAUGUGGAUUAGUAUAUUGACAUUAAUAUUGAUAAUUAGUAGUAAUGUAUAAAUCAGCAUUGUAAAUAUGCUAAAUGAUGUUCAGACUUUCUACCCUCUUCUGUAAAUAAAUUAUGUACAUAUUUGUUUGGUU